CACGUGUAUCUAUAUGCAUAUGUCGGUAUACAGAUGUGUAUAUUCGUAUGGUCUGUCUUUGUCUCUUUUAAAAGAUGAAACGAUCGAGUGUUGUUUCUCCACACAGCUCCGAACUUCCUCGCUGUGCUUCAAAGCAGACGCGCUGAAGUUCCGAACACUGUCAAGCGGGCCAAUCUUCUCUGAUGUCCGCGGUUUGGCUGAAUAGCCCUGCCACGCGUCGGACGCGAGAGACCAACAGAACAGGCGCAUGAAGCAGUGCUCCAACACAGCGCGUUGCCGUGGUCUUUUAUGAUAUCGGUUGUUCCUGUUUCGCAAGAAAGCACAAGAACUGCGUAACACGAAUCGAAUCUACAGAUCGGCCACUUUUACGGAACGCGAAUCGAGGAUACGCCGUCCUGUCGCGAAGAAACGGGGGAUUUCCGCCUCCGGGGGGUAUUCUCAGUUUUUAAAUCCCCUGCAUGUGGAGUGGAAAACAAAGCCACUGCAGUCGUUUAUUAGCCGUGAAACGCUUGACAAAGUCUGCGGGUUCAUGCUGGACAUCCCUGGACGGAAGGUGCACGCCAGGGUCCUGAAACACACGAGGGAAGUUUGGAUCCGGUGAAGAAAGACACACAAUGUUUUCUCAACCACGCUCCGUCUCUGUGUAUCCGGUUUGAGUUAUUCAGUUCGUAUCGGGAGCCAUCUGCGCAAGCAGAUGCCUCCACACGCUGCACCCUUUGCCACACAAUGGGGUUUGCUUAUUCCGACGAACCACUUUUUCGCAGUAGUACGUACUACGGCCUAGCCUGCUUGUUCCACUGUAACCUCAUUUUCGUUUCUCGGGUAAUAGAUGAAAGUGGUGUUCUAAAUCGGCGUGCCGCAACGGUCCCGCGUUCCCACAUGCUUUCCCGGUCUCUCUUCUUGCAAAUUACACGCGAAGACUCCUGAGCCUCUCUGGUUCUCCACCACCACCGGGGGGGAGGGUGUCGAAAGCGAGUUCCUCGAAACACCGGAGCUUCCUGUCGAGGCACGGACACGCAACCCGUCGUAACUAUGAGGGAAGAAAGCCGUCACAAUGGUGCCUUGUUCCGGCUUUGCCAGUGUUCCGAGUUGCGUGAGCUCGAACGCUUUGAGAAAAAGGAUGACAAACAACGGCUGCGACACGCAGAAAACAUGCCGAGCAGGGGUAAGAAGAAGGCUGGACAGCGGGGACCUCCGGCUUUCUGUGCGGACGGGUGCGAUGUGGCCUUCCGCCGCGUCGGUCGACCGUCGCGCCUCCGGAGGAGACCAGCGAAGCUUCAGUACGACAGGAAGCGUCUCUGUAUCCCUUAGGUCGGACCCGGAGACGGGAACUGGCUUCCCGCUUCUGCCCGUGCUCACACAACUGUUGCGUUCCGGUUUUGGGUCGACCUGUGUGACUUUCAGAAUCGGAACCGGAGACUCUGCCAGGAGUGCCUUUGUAGAGGAUCAAGCGAUCUCAGCUCGUGAAAUAACCCCGUCCGCCGGCUUCCGAAAGCCUGGCGGGAGAGCCAGAGCAAACUAGACCCUCUUUUUCUAAGUUCUCGACUGCAACGAUCUGGGCGAACCCCCCGCCAUGCGAUACGGCGAACAGAAUGCUGCAGGCCUCAAACCACAGCCUGCAGUGAAAGACCCUCGCGGCCGGGGUGACGCUGGCCAGCAGAGGCGGCGCGCAGGCUAGCACACGCGUCUCGUUUUCGUUCUAGUGUUCGACGCGUCUGUGCCGCGUGUGCACUCUUUCGGAGCCCGUUCUCGUCCAUUUCUUUGGCCUCAAAGAUGUGAGGUUUCGCGUAUGAACAGAGACGAGGCAGUGUGUAACCUUCGUAGUUUCGCCUCUGUGGCCAGAGAACAGCGUGGACUCGGGGGCAGUCAAGAAUCGCCUGGCCCGCACGGCGGAGAAUCACCGGGACGCGUGCGCGCAGAGAAUCGGCUGGACGCGCGCUCAGCAUCGAAGGACCAUUGCACUCAUUGGGACCGUGUUUUCUUCACUUUUUCUGCCAAGUCUGUCGAUGUCCAUUUUCACCUCCGUGUCUCUUUCGCCUCCUUGAGUUAGUUGUGCCGUUUCGGUGAUGAAAGCCGCGGAGACGACGCGGCUUGUCGCGACGCCACGCGAGUAUUGCAUCUGUGGUCGCUCUAGAGUUGAGUCAGCCCUCGGCAGCAGAGGGCAAUUCUGGAGAAUGGACUGCCAUGUAGCUGCCUCGGGCGCGUGAAGCAAAUCUCUUAGUGGCUGAACAUCCGCGCUUUUCCUUUCCUCUUUCGUAGGAGCGAAGAUGGCGGCUCGGCUCCGUUCGCUGUCACUCGGCCGCUUCUGCCUUCUUCUGCUGCUCGCCACUUGGAGUGCUUGGAGCGCUGCGGGCUCCUCGUCUGCAUCUUUUUCCCCGGAGGAAGAAUCUUUGGUAAGCCAUUCGCGGGUACCGCCGGAAGGAAAGGAGGCCUCCUCAGCGGCGGCCUUCGAGCCGACUUUCCGCUUGGUCGCGUUCUCCCCGCCGUCCUCCUCGCAGCAAGAGUCUGUUCCAGUGCUCCGGGGCCGGCAACCCAUUGCGGCGGUUUUCUCGGUUCCAGUUGUUCCGCUCGGAUCUUCGCUGUUCAGCGAAAAUGCAUCGGCUCCGAGCGAGCCUCGCACGCCGGAUGCCUUCCGCCUCUCCACGAACAGCGCCGCGAAAACCGUGAAAGGCAGAGGGUUCUGGGUGACCACAAGCAUCUUUCGGUUCGAUCCGGAGGAACCUUGGCCAGCGGAUCUCGAGGUGUAUGUACACCUGAACGCUGAGCUGCGUUCUGCGAGCGGACAGUUGGUGACACUGCCGGAAGACUGCGGCCGCGGAGUUGCUCCGCAGGGCGGUUUGAAAAACCACGGAAUGAUCGCGGAGAAGCUGGACGGCGAAGACGAACGACGCAGUUUGGCUACGUCUAACAGUCGCAGCGCAUGCAUCGUCCACCUGCGGACGGACUCGCUGCGCGUGUCUGUCGCGUCCGUCACUUCCGAGUUCGCGUCAGCAGUGACCGACAACGAAUGGAAGCCGGUCUUGGGGAACAGCGCAGAUCCGCUCGCGGCGCUCUUCGAGGUCCCGCGCGACGGGAAGGUGAGGGUCAAGAUGAACUCGCCGGUCGCCUUGGCAGUGCUCAAAAAGACUUCUCUGGCCGAGCGACUGCUGGCAGUGGGCCGAGAGGAACGGAACGGCGAAUUUUCGUUCGUGCCCUUCGACAUCCGCACGUGUGCGGAAAAUGAGAGGGAGGUCUGGGCUGCCUCAGACGAAGUCGACUUCACCACUGACAGCGAAGAAGGAUGGGUCAGCUGGAGAGACGACAGCAGCGAAGACUCUCGGCAGGAGGGUCGAGUCGGAGGAAACCGCCGAGGCGAGGAGGUUUUGUGCGUCGAACUCAGCUUCCCGGAACGCCCACUGCAGACGAGAGAAGUCUACGAACUGUUCGUCAAAAAGGGAACGAGCUACUCGCGAUACAGCGGCCCACUCGGUGUGGCCUCGGCGUUUCUGUCGUCUUCCUCGCCAGCGCCGCACUUUGCCUUCUUCGGCGCCGUUCGCGUCUCCCCCGCGUUCAUCGAUCAGAGUGUCUAUGCCGUGGUCUCUCACCGUCAUCGCCGUUUGAAGGAAAAGAAAGGCAGUUUCACUGGGCCGCGCCCCUUCCGCCUCCACGGCGGCAGACGCGCUCUCAAACAUGUCAGCUAUCGUCGCCUAACCCUCGUUCUCCCCCACAGCUUGGCGCUUCCAGUUGCACGGCAUAGUGAAGCAAACACAGAUACUUUGUCGCCUUCUCCGUCUUCGCCUUCGUCUUCUUCGUCUCCUCCGUCUUCACCUUCGUCUUCUUCGUCUCUGUCUUCUUCUUCGACGCCUUCGCCUCCUUCGACGUCUUCGCCUCCUUCGACGUCUUCUUCUUCUCGCUCGGUUGCGCGGCUGGCUGUAGAGCAGACCUCGGCAACGCUCCAGAAGGCAGCGGAGAAGCUGAUGGCGAGAAUGCAGUUGGUCCACGUGGCGUCGGGGCAGGCGUUGUCGCUGCGGGCCACCAUGCAGAGUAAAGUGCACUUGGUUCUCUGGUGCAGUCAGUUGCAGCCAGGGGAGACGUACAAGUUGCGGAUCGUCGGGGACGACGCGGUGGCUGGGGAGUCGGACUUCUCGCCGCUGCUCGACGGCUUCGGCCUCGCUCUGGAGAGCAGCGAAAUCGAGUUCUCUAUGGCACAGCUUCGACCGAACCUCGACUUCCUCCGGUGCCAAGAAACCCUCUGGAUCCUCCACGAUCGCCAACUGGAGCACUUGGGGGCAUCACACCGCGCGGACUAUGGCGAGUGUGACAGCGGCCUGCCCAUGGCCGUGAUGACUGUUCGACACGGAAAAAAAGAGGGGGAAGAAGGUGAAGGCGGACAUACCGCCACCUGGGGAGACGUCGACGCCGUCGCCCUCGAAGCCGAACCCUUUGCUGCGUGCAUCCGCAGCGGAGACGCCAAGUGCGUCGCGCGCUUGCUGCCCCCCUGGUCGCACAGACAUCCGCCUUUGAAGCGCCAGCCUUCCCACGAGCUGUUCUACUUCGACGGCGCCACCGGUGUGGUUUCGCACGAGAGCCCUUCGCAGCUGAGCACGGCGGUUGUCGCGGCUUCCUCGACUUCUUCGUCCGUCGUCGCUCCAUGCCUAACAGAUUUCUCGUCGAAUUCGUUGUACCUGGUGUCGACGCACACGCAGCACUACCGCUCUGCCUCGAUUUCUACGGACAAGCACCUCCUCGGCGCACUGUCGAUAUCCGUCUUCCACUCCCUCCACAUCCACCACGACACAAAUCGUCUGGUCCUGAAUUUCCAGGUGCUUUCGCUGCGGACGGCGCAGCCUAUCUCGGGGGCGACGAUUCGCCUGUUUGCGGCGUCCGUGGCAGAGACACGCGAGGCGACACUGCUCGAGUGCGACAGCGAAGAACCGAGGCCCCGCGAAAAGGCUCGGGGGGCCUGGCGCUCCAGUGGCAGGAAAAACGCAUGUCUCGCUGUUCAGACGGACUCCAACGGCUUCGCCACCUGGGUGUCUCGCGAGAUCCUUGAGGAAGGUAUCGAAGUGUUUGCGACAGUUGUCGCGUCGAUCGAGAAUUCGUCUCCGAGUGGAGAAAGCGCCACCGCCGUCUUCGUCACGGACCGUCUCAACUGGCCAUGGGAGUUUCGCCACAAGCCCCGUCUGGGGUGGGAGGCCUGGCAAGGGGGGCCGAACGUGCUGGCGGGGUACGACCGGCGGUUCUUCGUCCCUGCGAACGAGAUCCGGUUCUUUCUGCUCACGGACCGCUCCUCGUUCCGACCUGGAGAGAAAGUGUCUCUCCAUGGCUUGCUGUCGACGGUAAAUGCUUCGCUAUGUGGCUUCCACGGCGCCUGUCUCCUCCACCACGCGCUCCGCCUUGACGCCCCCGAGAAGCUGCGCGUGCUCGUCGGCGCUCAGUGGCCGCCGGAGACUGGCGGACACUACGAAAGCCCAGGGGUGCAUGCAAGCUCUGAGGUGGGUUCUUCGCACAGCUGUACGUCGGCGGUCGUUUCAUUAAAUAGGUUCGGGGCCUUCUCGUUGUCGCUGAAGAUCCCCGCAGACGCCGCGCUCGGCUCUCGCGCCUUCCUCGAGUACCGGAUCUUCAAGGCCGGCGACGUGGACGAGGCGGCCCUCAGCGAGACCGCGUGUCCAGAGACAUGGUACCAGCUGAGGAACGCAGGGAACUUGAAGCACAUCGACCCCGCCGGCGGCUUUUCGAUCGUUGUCGAAGACCCAAAACCGCCUUCGGUGGUUGUCUCGCCUCUGAAGUUACCAGCUGUCGUCGACCCCGCCUCGGCGCUCACGGUGUCGGGAAGCGUGCAGACGUACGCGGGUCUCCCGGUCCAGGACCACCGCGUCGAAGUUCGCUUCGCCUUCCAGCCGAGUUUCGGCGAAACAACUCUACGGAAGGCCGCUGCGCGCUUGCAAGACAGUUGGAACAGAGAGGGCAAGAGAGCGGGUCAAGGGGCGAGUGAGAGAACUAGCGACUGUGGGCGAGACUUCUCCAAGUUCCUCAUAGGAUCCGACCAGGUAGGCGUGAACGUGGUCACCACAGGCGAGGUGUCGAGCCGCGACACGGUCCAUCUGCAUGCAGAGGUCCGGACGGACGCGGGGGGUCAGUUCGAGCUGCCUCUCGUUCUGGAGAAGCUGACAGUGGCUCCGUCCAAGUGCGUCGGUAUUGAGACGGAGACUGCUCUCGGCGUCCACCCGCUCGAGUGGGAAGAGGGGACAGAGAUCUCGGUCACCGUCCGCGUGACGGGUCUCACGGGGGAUGUGCUGCCGCCGCAGACGGCGUCGGUCGUCGUCGCCUCUUCGGAGUUCUCGCUCGCACGGAAACUUUCCGUGUCCGUGCGACCCGUUCUCCCGGGGGUCCCCUUCGCAGUCACAGCGGUCGCGAAGCCGUACCCUGGAGUGAAGGCGACGCAGCUGCCCACUGGGAGUUGGCUUGAAGUCUCUGUGCUGCGCGUGGAUCCGCAGAAGCCGCUGGGGAGUUCUUGGGAGGCGCAGGCUGACAACUGGAACUUCUGGAACUCGGACCAAGGCCUCGCUUCAUGCCAGCCUUCGCUGUUCUCUGAGGCGGGCGCCUCCGAGUCCGCGGAGCGGGUGCCGAACACGGAGUACCGAGCAGUGACUGAGGAGGCGAUGGAGGCCUUCACAGACGGCGCUGUGGACCUUGCGCUGUUCGUUGAGAAACAUGAAGAUCGCUUCUCCAUAGUGAAGAAGUGUCGAGGCCAUGGGGAACGACUGAGUUGCCCAGUCACCCUCCCGCUGGAUGCAGCGCAGUACAUCUUUCUUACGACGAUGCGCGUAAACGGGAGACGCGUGCGGACCUGCGAGUACUUUCUCCCGACCGCUGGGAACCUGCUGACGCGGGCGCUGAAGCCCGAUUUGCAACUGUACAGUGACGUGGUGGCGCCGGGACAAGCCGUGAGCUUGGUUCUGCCCGCGCUCUUUCGACCAGGGUCGUCGAUCAGGCCGCGGAUCUACGAAGUCCGACGCGGAGGCGGAGAGAAGACGGGGCCUAGCAGGCAGCUGCGCGGGGCGCUCUCGGUCUGGUGGCACACGCAGUCGAACCGGAGAUUGUUUUUUUCGGUGUCUCUCGACUCGACUGACGACGAACUCCGCAUCCCCAUAGGUCGUGUCCCCGAGGACUGUCCGGCGUCGUGUUCGGUCCGAGUCGUGCUCGUCCCGCCGCUGUCGGAAACGCCGUUGCCGAUUUCCCAGGUGGACACUUCGUCGAAUGCGUUGAUGCCGAAGCGUGACUACUUUCCUAUCGAAACGGAGGUGGGGGCGAGGUAUGGGCCAUUCCUUAUUGACGAAACGCUCAGUGUGAUGGUGCGACCUGCGGCCUCGCCGUUUGUCAUCCCAGAGAACGUGAUUCGCGUCUCGUUCAACGAGAGUGGGGCCUCCGCGAGAGAGCCCCGCGACGCGGAACUGAAGCCUGGGAAGACCGCUUCCGUACGCGUGGCGCUCUUGACCAGGACCCUGGAGAAGAAGUCGGCACUCGCAUCCUUCUUCUCACGGCUCACGAGCCCGCAGAGACAGAUACGCGCGUACGCCUUCGUGGGGAUCGUCGACAAGCGGUACUUCGACCUCGGGCCAGUUGACUUGCCGCAGGUCGAAGAAGAGUUCAGACAGCGUUUGGUCGACCAGAACGUCCGCCAGAGCGUCUCGUCCUCGUUCGCGGAAGCAGCGUCGCUGGCGACGUAUCUGUAUCUGUUCCAGUUCCUGAAAGUCUUGAAGGAGCGCGACCCGUGGGUCUCGGACCUCCACUGGCCGCAGGCGGGCCUGUUGGGCGCCACCGCGCUGACAUCGUCCUGGGCACCCUGGUCCAAGACGCUUCGGAAUGUCUUGCUGGGUCGAACAUCCACGCUCACAGGUUCCUUUGCGGCCUCUCCGAGGGGUGAGAACUUGGUCGACGGCGUCGUGUUCGCACAGAUGUCUCGCGAGGCGACGGCUAUGCCGAUGAUGGGUGCGGGAGUCAUGGCGCAGGCAAAGCGCUCCGCUUUGACGGCAAGCCGUUCUGGCGACGCGGAAGUCUCUGUCGAUAGCGGAGAAACGCACGGGGUGGCUGCGGCCGCGAAGCUGCUGCUCUCGGACACUCCAUUGAUUCUGUGGAAGAGCGUCGAGCUAAGUGAAGGGGAGACGCCGGGCGAACUGAUUGGCGAGGUCGUCGUUCGCGUCCCGGACGACUCGAACCGUUACCUGCUGCGGACGCAAGUUGUGGUGGAAGUCGAGGAGUCUGAAGCGCCUGCUCUGUCCUUCUUCAGGCGCCUCUGGACCCGAGCAGAGGCUUUAAAACUCAGUCGCGUCUUCUACGGCCAGUUCGAGAAGGAGGUAGUCGCGAAGAAGCGCGUGAAGCUGACGCCGUUUCGACCGAAACUUCUGCGAAAGGGUGACCUCGCGCGAGUCGGCGCGAUCCUCCAAGUCGACGAGACCCUCGUAUCGGAGGGUCGCGAAGCUGUCGUCUCCUGCUGGUUCCCGGAGCGCAAUGAGACGCAGGAGACUGGCCACCGCCAGCGCGUGAAGCUAACCAAGACGGCGCUCCCGGUCACCGUGCAAGUCGACACCGAUGACCCGUCGCUAAUCCUCAACAACCGGCUCCAGGUGAACUGCUUCGCGCAGCUGGCCUCCGACGCCUCCUUCUCUCACGGCAUCGCAUUCGCCGUCCCCGUGGUCCCCAUGGCGCCGCGGCUGUCGCUCUCGAGCGUCUGGGCGAUGGUGUCUCCUCGGGCUUUCAAACAGCUUUCUCCUGGCGACGGAGGCGCGGGCGGGCAGCAGCUUGAACCCCCCCGAGAGGACAGCACGUCCGUGACGUCUGUGGAGGAGAAGAUCGAACUCCCGCUGCCGGUCCUCGAAGGUGUGGGCGGUCUGUCGGCUUCCGUGGGCGUCGGGUACGGCGCUGUGUUGCUAGGCAAGAUCCACAGCUUCCUCUCAGCAGAAAUCUGCCCGUUUCUUCCCGCGAAACAGGCGCACGAGGACCUCUUGUGGGACGUAGACGGCCGCCGCAGAACAGACUUGGGGUCGAAGAAGAUUUUGUGCACUUGCUGCCUCGAGGCCUUCCCGGCGGCUGCCACGCCCUUCUUCGAACGCAGAAGCCCGUCCUUGUCAGCGUUGCUGCUUGUCCUGCUCGCGCGCCAAGUCGUGAAGACGGCGAAGCUUCAGAUGCACGGCGAGUUGGUGGCGAGUGCGCGGUUCGCCGAGACGAAGCUCACCGCGUACCUGCCGGCGGACCCGGAGAUCUUUCGGCGCGUCGGCUUUCUCCCGCGGCCCUCCACAGAGUACACGCCGUCGGCGCUGCACGAACUCCGCGUGGAUCUCGACGUCAAUCUGUUGGUUCUGUUGGUGGCGAAGCGUCAGGCGUCUUCGGUCGUUCUGCCCUACGUCGCGUCCGUGGCAGAGACGAUCCGGGCGUUUCUUCGCGACGCCGAGGCGCGGUUCCUCGCUCUCGACUCGGGUCCGUCGCCCGGCGACCUCUGGCCGCAGCCUGUGCCCCUGAUUGCGGCCUCGGAGCCUGGAGUGGAUAUGCCCGACUCUCAAGUCGUCGCGCAAGCAGCGAGCAGGGUGGGGCGCGCGGACGCCGCCAAGAAAAAGCGCGAAGACUUCACCGGCUUCCUUGCGUUUGUUGGCCCGGACCUCUUGGCCCGGAUUCGCUACGUCCUGGGGUCUGCGACUCCCCUGAACUUGGUUCACCCCGAAGCGGAGGAGGCGCUCGCCUUCCCCAGUCUCCUUGCGUGGACUUUGUCGGCCGAGAGUCGCGACCGCGAGUCCGCGAAGGAGCAGCGCCUGUCUCCACACCUGCUCUGGGCGCUCGUGGUGGGUCUGGAGCACCGGGAGGAGGCGAACGGCAGGCAACUGCUUGCUCUCGCGCAUGCGGUGCUCAAGGCCGCCGUCGGCGUGCUCCGCUUCCUGCCUGACUCCGCCGCUUACUUCAGCCGCGUCGCGGGGGGCUCUGUGCCAGCAAGCGAUGCGCAGCAUGCGCUGCUCAUUCAGAUAGCUAGCUUCCUGCUCUCGGCGACGUCUGCGGAGCGGCCUGCACCUUCCACUGUGUUUUCUACCCUCGAUCCAGAGCUCUUUGCCAGCGGCUCUGAGCGCAUGUCCCCCGAAUCUAUCGUCCACGUGUUCUCCAAGGUGCUGCUGUACCUUGCGCGCGGUGGGAUGAGCGGCCAGCAGCCACUCGGCCGCAUGGUACCCUGGACGGGAGGUCUCUUCCGAAAUCCUUGGGAAGAUCUGCUGGUGAUGGAUGCCGUCGCUCAAUGGCACACCGCGACGAAGAGCGACCGCGCCGACCUCAGCGUCUCUGUAGAGCUCGGCUCCGAGAAGCGGUCAACCUGGGCCGAUGGCGACAAAAGGCUGAUGCAACCGCCCUGGCUGUCGGUUCUGCGCGGCCAGUUGAGUCUGCGGCGACAGACCGCCGUGCUAGAGAAGAAACUCUCGUGGACGGAUCUGGACGCGUCUGAGAUCCUCAAACCCGUCUCCUUCGUUUCUUCGAACUUCAUGCAUGCAAACGACGCCGUCAGCGACGACGCUGAGCAGUGCACCUGGCACGGGAAAGUUCGCGUGAACGUUCACGGCGAGGGCGUCGCUCUGGUCUCCAUCGCCAUGGACUUUGUCCCCGACAGAUCCCACAUGCUCCCGACUUUCAUGGGGGCUCUUCUCCAGAAGGAGUUCCUCCCCUUCAACUCCGCGACUGAGCAGUGCGAAAACGCCCCCGUCGCCAGCGUUGUCCGAGGCAACCGCGUCUGUGUCUCUCUUCGGGUCACAGUCAAGGACGAACUCAGGGACGUGACGAUCCGGGACAUCCUGCCUGCGGGUCUAGAGCUCUCGUCUCGGGACCCGAGUAUGUCUCCCCUCGCCGUCGUUGACGACGCUGUUUCUUCCGUUCCGCCUUCCUCGCACUUCCCCACCGUGGGAAAGCGCGGAUCGGCCUCGUUUUUCUGGUUUCUCCCGCGCUGUGAGCCUCGUCUGCUCGGCAACGCUGUAGAGUGGAAGUGCCCACACCUCGCGGCAGGGACACACACGCUUCGAGUCAUCGCUAUAGCGACUGUCUCCGGCUUCUUCGCCGUCCCGAUGGCCACUGUCGAGGUGGGGACGGACGAAGAAGGUGGGGGAGAAACGCUGUCGGGACAAAAGCAAGCAGACAAGGUCAUGUUGCUCGGCGCCAGCGGAGCGGCGAAAAGGGCGUUCGUAGUCCUCGAAGAAGGCGAGAGACAACUGGCUGCAAACGAGGUCGCCAUCUUCAAGGAAGCGGGACUUCAACCACCUCCAGCGUGGCUGUUGGGUAGCGCGCCCAAAGGCUGCGGUGUCUGUCCUGCCGGCACCGUCUGCUCUCCUGCUCUGGGGAAGUGCGUUUCGUAGAAACUGCUUCUGAAAAGCUUGUAGGAGCAGCGAUAAAGUCAGACCACGAGGAAAGCACUUUUUUGCGCGGCAGCCGCGGAGCGACAGGGCAAAGAUAACUUUGUUUUGACGAGAGUUUUUGCUUCCCGACAGUCGGUGGAAGUGGGAGGUGGUGCCGUUUGUUUCAAGGGACGAAGGGAAGACGCGCCAUAGAACGAAUGAACAUGAGGACAGGGUUGUUCCUGGGUAACGCAUCUUGGUGCAGUGUCGUGGGGUACUCAUCUGUCGUUUUAGAAUAUAAUUCGCUUGUGUAGAAUGUAUUAAACGAAGCGGUAAACCCUGUGGAGAGGUGGGUGAACGAGAGUUGAGUUGUGUAUCACAUCAAAAAACACCGGAGGAUGACGUUCGCAAGCAGAGCGAACCGAGAGAGUACAGUAUAUGGUUGCUGCGGAGGUGAAAGAGAAAGGAGGGGAUGAGAAUUGUUAGGGCACUGGCAGAGUGCGAGGGUGGAGGUUUCUCAUGUGGUAGUGAUUUCAAAAAGAGCUGGUUCCGACGUUUUUCUGCAGCCCGCAGAUUUUCCCGCAAAAGGCCUUCCGUGUGUGAUUCAAAAUGGGCGUAAAACAUGGUCUACGUAAAAUUCGGGAGGGACGUGUUACGGUGACAGUGGUGAGUCGGUUACUCUUGUUGCGGAUGUGGUUCAGUGUCCAUGGUGCACAAGGGCUGUGCUCGAGGACUGUCGUAGUGUCGAUCUGUUUUCUGUAGCAUGCGUAAAGUCAUUCUCUUGUUUAUGCGAACCAAACUGACGCGUUCAUUGAAAUACAUGCGAUGUUUUGCAUUUAUUUUGAGCCCCCUGUUACGGCGGUCCACCGCUUCCAAAACGGCUUUUUCUCUUCC